AUCUCAUUUCACCAUUUUUCACCACUAACGGCAAUCAACGGAAAGAGUAUCCUACAUGGCAUAUCUCAGCGAUUUUGUCAAGUCAACUCUUUCCAGGGUUGUUCUCGGCAAAGAAAUCCCUUCCUUUCCGUACACAAUUGGCGAGCGCAUUGACUCAUUUGAUUCCACUAUUUGGUCAUUACACAGAGGCAUCAAACGAGAGGAUAAUUCUCCAGUGUCAAUUCUAUGCUUUGACUGUGUCCGCCAACGCGACAAACUACCACUUGCAAGGAAUGCCUUCAAAAAGUUUCGAACCAUUCGCCAUCCUGAUCUGAUCAAAUACAUCGAUGGUGUAGAGACAGAGUCGCACAUUUACAUUGUCACAGAUGCUGUCACACCUUUAGAGACUCAUCUCCGUGCCAACAUUAAUCCCAAUUUGAUCCGCUGGGGCCUCUACAAAGUUGCUAACGUUUUAAGAUUUCUAACUGUUGACGCCUCAUUUAUUCAUGGAAAUAUCCGGACCUCAUCUAUCUUUACCACCAAAUCUGGAGAAUGGAAAGUUGGAGGGUUUGAAGUGCUUUCCUCACUCAAAGAAGAUCAGCCUGCUAUUCUGACUUUUGCAGGAUUAAUUCCAGAUUCUAAUCGCUAUGCUCCACCCGAAGUCAAGAAGAAGUCGUGGAAUGUUGUGAAAGAAUAUGAGUUGUGGUCAACGGAUACUUGGCACUAUGCAUGCUUAAUCUAUGAAGUUUACAAUGGAGCUUUCACUUCUCCAGAUCAGCUCAUGACGCCAGGACAGAUUCCUGCAGAGAUGGUGCCAUUUUAUAAAAACCUGCUUCGACCGGACCCCAAGACUCGGCCCAGUGUCGGCGACUUCUUGGACAAGGGCUUGCAGGCAAAAGGAUUUUUUCAUAAUGAUCUUGUGCAAGUGGUUCUCUUCCUUGAGAACUUUUCUGUCAAAGAGUCUCUGCAGAGGGAUACAUUCCUCAGGAAAUUAGAUAUGCAGAUCGAUAGAUUUCCACAAGAAUUUUGUCGAUACAAGAUUUUACCAGAGUUGAUCCAUGCACUCGAGUAUGGGUCAGGUGGAGCCAGAGUUUUACCACCGAUUGUAAAGAUCGGGGCAGGGUUAGAUGAGCAAGAGUACGAAACUUUGAUAAGCAGUGUGCUCGUGAAGAUGUUUGCGUCAACAGACCGUACCAUCCGCCUGAGUUUAUUGGAGAACUUGGGUGGCUUUAUUAACAGGAUUAACAAGAAAGUUGUCAACGACAAGAUCUUUCCUAGCAUGGCAUUGGGAUUCACAGAUACGGCACCUAUUAUCCGUGAGUGGACGGUAAAAUCGGUCUUGUUGAUUAUUAACAAGCUAUCUGACAAGGUUAUCAACUACGAUUUGCUGAGAUACCUCGGCAAGCUUCAGACAGAUGAGGAGCCGGGUAUUCGCACCAACACAAUCAUCUGUCUCGGAAAGAUUGCAAAAUACCUUAACGACAAUACUAAGGGCAAGAUUCUUGUCCCUGCAUUCACACGUAGUUUGCGUGACCCAUUCGCUCAUGCUCGCAUUGCGAGUUUGAUGGCUUUGAACGCCACGUCAGAAUCCUAUGACAAGAAUGAUAUCGCGGUGCGAAUUAUACCCUGUAUCUCACUAACACUCGUGGAUACCGAAAAAAUUGUGCGUGUGCAAGCACUGAAAUCGCUGGAUACUUUCAUAAAGCGGAUCGAGAAGUUGAUUGAGAACAUGCCUGAUUCAGCCAUUGUCGAUGCAGGUAGAGACAGUCCCAAUGGAGGGUCACGCUCUGCCACACCAUCCACACCUUCGUCCGAGACCUGGGCUGGUUGGGCAGUGUCAUCCAUCACUAAAAAACUUGUCACUGGUGAGAUGCAGCCUCAAGCCGUUUCUCCUCAGCUCGGAAAUGAUAGUCCAUCGUCUGCCAACAUAGCACCUUCUACUGGCAAUGGUAUGUCCUUGUCCAGCGCAUCGAAUUCGUCCAAUGGCUUACAAAUCGCUGCGCAAGGUGGAUAUGCAGGCGCAAGACCAGCAGAUGGAUUUUCUGUAAACCGAUACUCCUCCGCAUUAGCAGCUAUUGAGAAAGACGAGGCUACUAAUAGUGGCGGAUUAAGUGGAUGGGGUGACGGGGAUGAAGAUUUAUUUGCAGACGAGGGUUUCGAGCCUAUGGAGCCCACCACACCUUCACCAAUGGUUAGCUCAGGAACAAUCAAGCCUACAACUUCGACCACUAUAACCAAGCCUCUGAGAAACGCAAAUUCAGCCAUGUCUCUGGGGCCUAAACCUUCAGCCCGACUUGGUUUUGGAGCUGUAGACGAUGGCAGUACAGACGCAUGGGAUGGUGAUGAUGAUCUAUUCAAGAACUUAAACUUGAGUAAUGGUGGCGGUGGAAGCACCAGCACUGGUGCUAGCAGACCUUUGUCCUCAUCCCUGAAACCGCUCAGCAGAUCAUCAUCUACAUCCUCGAACUCUAUAACAGCAUCAUCCUUUACAGGCACGACGCCAGCCUCUGGGACUGCCGGCUCCGCACGCAAGGAAGAAAAGAUGGCUGAGCUCGCACGGAAACGAGAGGAACGUCGUCAACGGAUGGCCGAGGCCAAAGAGCGGAAAGCACAAUCCACACUAGGCGCGAAGAAAAUAUAGCGAAAAUAGUGAUAGUUUCUAAAAGUCAAAAAUAAUGCCUUUCCCC